CAACUGAGCGAAUGGGAGACGGGGAGAGUGAAGCAGCACAACAAUAGUUGGCUGCUCUUCUGGCCGUGGACUCAGAGACGGAGCGAGAGCUCAGAGGGACACACGGGGCGCUCCGUAAACCCGAUGCAGGCACAUCACAGCUGGCUUUUACGCACAGACGUGCUUACUUUUUGUCCUUCAUCCUGCUCUCUGCGUGGCGACCAUUCUUCUUCUUCACUCUUCUGAAUUUUUGACGCGGCAGCAUUUCAAUAAUUGGUUUUGGUCGUUUUGUGGGAUCCUUUUGCCACCGGUGAACUCAACGAGGGUGCCCACAGACAUUUCGGACUAGUUUCUUGUUUUCCACGCCGCUGACCUGUGGUGGACUUGAACUUCAGCGACAGAGCUUGGUCAACCUGGGACUGUGACCCAUCCCGACUCUGGGCUCUCCUCAGUCGGCCCGAGAGGAGAAAACACUUUCUGUCCGUUCAGACAUUUCCUGCACGGAAAAAAGGCUCACUCCAUCCCUGAAAGAAGGGGCACCAGAACAUUUCCAUUUGUGUGUGUGUGUGUGUGUGUGUGUGUGUGUGUGCGCGCGCCAGUGUUUUUUAUGUGAGCGGGCGGCACCGAGCGUGUACCGGGGGAUGCCUUUGGAUGUGGUGAUUGCCCCAGCGGAGGACUGCUUUUGGCCCGACCGGCGGGACACAGACAUGAGGCUGAAGAUCAGAGUUCGCCGGAUGAAAGAGGGGAGAGAGCUAAGAGGAGGUUUUGCUGCUUUCUCCUCCUGUUUUCCGGGCCUCUGUGAAGGGAAGCCUGCCACUGCUCUACCUAUGAGCUUGUCCCAGCCCUGCUUGCCUGUGGCUAAUGUAGGGCCCACCCGCAUCCUGCCACACCUCUACCUGGGCUCACAGAAGGAUGUCCUCAACAAGGAUCUGAUGGCUCAGAAUGGCAUUACCUAUGUGCUGAAUGCCAGCAACACCUGCCCAAAGCCCGACUUCAUCAGCGAAAGCCACUUCAUGCGCAUCCCAGUCAACGACAACUACUGCGAGAAGUUGCUUCCAUGGCUGGACAAAACUAACGAAUUCAUAGACAGAGCUAAGGUGUCAAACUGCAGAGUCAUUGUGCACUGCCUGGCUGGAAUCUCGCGUUCAGCAACCAUCGCCAUUGCAUACAUCAUGAAGACAAUGGGCUUGUCAUCAGAUGAUGCCUACAGGUUUGUAAAGGACCGAAGACCGUCCAUUUCCCCCAACUUCAACUUCCUGGGUCAGCUUCUAGAGUUUGAGAAGGGCCUGCGAUUACUGUUGUCUCUGACUUCAACCUCUGAUGACAAGGUGCCCGAAAACAACGCAAACCAAAGCUCAGAGGUGGAGAUGAACGGUCACCGCAGCAAUUACGACUCAUCCGUGGCAGAUGCCAACACCCCGCCAGAACCCAAGCUGCCGUCACCCACCUCCCUCCAGCAAGGCUUCAACGGCCUGAACCUCUCGGCCGAAAGAAUCAUGGACACUAACCGGCUGAAGCGCUCCUUCUCCCUUGACAUUAAGUCGGUCUACUCCCCAAACAGUCCCAGCCUCUGCCCCAGCCAGGCACCCGCACACUCUGAAGACGUCCCAAAGCUGUGCAAGCUCGACAGCCCCGGAACCGGCACCUCCAACGGUGUCUGCUCUCAGUCUCCCGUCCUCGACAGCCCCAGCUCAGCUGACUCACCGUUCCCCUCGCCGGGCGGCGGGGGCAGCAUCGGAGGUUUGGGGCUCCGGGGAAGCGAAGGAAUCCACCGCACUGGUUCUUCCUCAUCGAGACCCAGGAGGAAACCCAAGCAUUGCUCCGGCGGUUCCCCCGUCCACUCCCAACCUCCACAGUCCCUCAGCUUGUCGCUGGACCACAAGAUGCCCAGCCCGGACGAGAAGCUGAAGGGCUCCCUCCUCCUUUCACUACCCUCCCUGCCCACCGCGGGGUCCGGGUCCAUGUGGACCAAACACAGAGACACUGUCCAGGCCACAACUCCCGUCACUCCCACCGCAGACGCCCCCUGGCACUUUGGGGCGGUGGAGGUGGGCGAGAGAGAGAUGGAGCUGGGCGGAGGAGAGGAGUCGUCGGUGAGGUUCGGGAGCAGCUCGGCGUACUUGGCGUUCGGCUGCAGCGAAGGUGUGCGGUUGCGGGAGAAGCCCUCAGCGCCACUGACACAGAGAGACCACCGAGACGGCGUGUCGUCCACGGCGGCCCUGUCCAACAGUCCGAACAACGGCGGGCCCGCUUUGGACAAGCAGUUCAAGCGGCGCAGCUGCCAGAUGGAGUUCGAGGAGGGCAUCUCCGAGACGCGAUCCCGAGAAGAACUCGGGAAGAUCGGGAAGCAGUCGAGCUUCUCCGGGAGCAUGGAGAUCAUUGAGGUAUCCUGACAGAUAAUGGACGUGAUCGGAGCUGUGCCCUGGGGGUUGCAAAUGGACCUGUUCAGAGGGAGGGCGAAAGGAGACGAAGUGGAAGAGGCUUUUGUUUUGCUCCCCUGACAGACAGUGUUAAAGACUCCUACCGAGAGAAGUGGAUGCGUCAAUGUGAAAUGUAAAAGUCUUGGGGAGGGUGGGGUGAAGGAGGGUGGGGUAAAGGAGUAGGUACUGAAAAGCUUAAAUCAAUGUCGCAGGAAAAAGAAACAACCCAGAACUCUUGUCAUGUUGCAUCCUCACUAUACAGAAUAUCCUUCAUUUGAGUUUGGACACAAACGGCUUGCCUGCGGUCACAUGUAUUGUUCUUUAAUGGGUGUUUAGCUUGUGAUUUGAACCAAGCUUCAUGUUUCCUACCAAAGCUUUACCCCAGUGUUAGAGCCUCGCACAGCUAUGUCCCCCCCCCCCCCCCCCCCUCCUCGUCCUCCUCCUUCUCCCAGUGGCUCUGCCUGCUACCGGCUCUGCAUAGCAACAUCAGACAACAAUAACAGACUCCUUAACAGCACCGUUCUCCUCACAUCACCAGAGCACAAGGCAGAGAGAUCCCUGGGACUUCAUCUUACGGCGGUACUGUUUCCAGACAAUGAAGGACCCUCAGCAUUUUGUUGCUGAAAAGACUUUUGAAGACUCGUAGUGACGGACAGUGUUCCCCCCCCCUUAAAGCACAGUGUGUCCUUCCUGACUCCGGUUCCCUUGUUUCCAGUGUUAACAGCCAGAUGGGACUGAGGUUUCGGGAAGGGUGGCGAGGGUUUGCUUUGACGGCCCUUCAGCUCCUUUAUAGACAUCCCUGACCCCUCUCCCACUGCUCCCAGUCACCAUCUACGGUCACCACUGAGCAUGCACCAGAAAGGCUGACUACAGAAAGACAAAUACUAUAUAUACAAUAUGAAUAUAUAUAGCAAUUUUAUUGGACUUCUAAUGGACUUUUUUGUUCAGUUAUAGUUAAUUUAUUGUAUUGGUUCAUUCUGGUAAUGAGAAAUAAUAUAAUGUUUUGUGGAUUUAUUUCUUUUUUUUCUUGUUGAAAUAUUAUUAUUUGCUGUAAGGUAUUUAUGAACACACACUCAAACAAAUACAUACAUUCAACAAAAUCAAGCAAGCAAUAUGUGCUGUUCCUUCUUUGGGGCGAGGGACUUUGAAAUGCACCUUUCUGUUUUCUGAUAACCAAGUUGGGUUGCCCCUCACUCCCAUGGCAACAGGAUGCUCUGAAAACUAAGGCUAAGAGUAUUGGAGGUCAAGAUAUGGAGCUUCUGUUUCCUAUUUGUAGGACGGUAAAGACAUCCCACCCAAACAGGAUCUUCAAUGUGCAUUCUGGGGAUUCAUCACAAUCGAGGACUCGAGGGUCGUCUAAAAACUUUGCUCGGUUGUGCAGAGGAACAAAAUAGCCGCGGCGCACCCUUUGAUCGCUCGUGCAAAGUAAAACGUGUCCGGCCAGCGCCACGACAACUUGGCCAUCUAUUCACGAGUUUGAGAUUUACAGACGAGUGAGUUCUUCACCUUCAUUGCGCGUUCCACCAAAGCCCAAAUGAACACACACACACACACACACACACACACAAUUCUCUUUGCAUUUACAGAUAUGUUCCCACGUGUAAAGCAUAGGAGGCCCUUCACACCCUUUUGUUCAUUCUCAGGGGAUCUUUCAGCGAGCCAAGCCCAGCACCGGGGACACACGUCGGCACAGUGCAUGUCCGAAAAGCUCCUUCUCUUUCUGUCUUUUUUUUUUUUUUUUUUGCUCUUAUUUCUGACUUUCCAAAGCUUUAACAACUUUACAGAAUGGAAAGAAAAAAAACUGAUCUUGAUGAAAAUGUUGCUCUCCUGGUAUUUAUUUAUGAUGUAAAAUGUGUUUAUUUUUCCUUUUGACCCCUGAUUAGCUUCUCUCUCUGGUGAUCUUUGACCUUGGCUGCAGCAGCUAUAGUAGAUUCCUCCGUUUUCCCUGAGGUUCAAGCGACGUCUCCUCACCCUUCUCCCUAUAUUUUUAAGAAAUGUUAUUAGAAUUAUUUAUGACAUGUAACAAAGAUGAUGCAGGCUGUCCCAUUUGCUAAAAUUCUUGUUAUUGAAAUAUUAUUAUUAUUAUUAUUAUUACUAUGUUGUGUAAAUAGCAACUCAUCUAUGAACACUGAAGAAUACAGAUGAGUUUUUAAAAGAAAAUCCUGAUACCUUAGGCUGCUUGACGCAAAAAUACCUCAGGUUCUAUUGAAAGGCUUUUCCUUCCCCUGUACAUGUUUUGUGAAAAUGAGACAAAAAUACAGACAUGGUCAAAUACAA